CGCGCCCACCUGCCAGCCAUUACAUAACUUUGGCAGCCCUCUACACAGUAUACUCUUCCAUCCCUCACCAUGUCCGGGGCAUCCCCCCCGUCCUCGUCACGCCUCCCACCUUAUCCUACCCGGUCCGCGGAGUGAUGGAUCCUUCAUCCGCCAUGAAUAAAUUGACCAGGAAUGAUCCGCUGGGGGAGUUCGUAUGUCGCUUCCCCAAUUGUGAUGCCCGCUACCGGCGUAAAGAGCACCUUCGCCGCCAUGAAGCCAAACAUAUCCAGGAUCGCACAUUCCCAUGUUCAAUCUGUGGCCAGGAAUUCGGACGAAAUGACACACUUCGUCGGCAUCUGCGAGUGAAGCAUCAACUGAAUGAGCCCGUCCAUCGAGCCCGACGAGCUUGUGCCAACUGUCGGGCCAUUAAGGCUCGGUGCGAAGGAAAGCCAGUUUGUACGGAGUGUCAGCAUCGAGGCAUCCGCUGCUCCCUCAGGGAGGGCGAGGACUCCCCGGCGCCCGAACCCCGACGGUCAGUGAGCCCGCGGCCUACAGUGUCCAAGGAAGAACAAUUUGUCAAGUUGUUCUUCGAAUUGUUCCACCCACAUUGGCCGUUCGUUCAUCGAGGAACAUUUCGAGUGCGCCAUGAGAUUCCCAUGUUAGUCCAGUCUAUGGUCGUGCUUGGCUUAUGGGCUAGUGGCGAAAGGAGCGCGCGGUGUGCGGCCGUCGAGCUGCAUGAGCAGCUCAACUCGGCGAUCCUUCAGCAAAAGGAGAAGUGGGAUGCGGCCACCGAUUCACUUAUACCUCAUUCGGGGUCGUGGCCCAUACCCAUCUACCAGGCUAUCUUAUUACAUAUUAUCUUCUCCCUGAUAUACAAAACCCAUGGCUCUCUUGGCCUGGAUCUAAAGCCCUCCGUGCUCCGUACUGACACCGAGCUACUGCUCAAGUCUCUUAUCCAAAGCUGCCGCAACCGGGGAAUGUUUUACUAUCCUCGCAUCCUGCGGCAGUAUCAGGAACCUGCUAUUGCUCAAUAUAUGUUGGUUAGUAUUGAAGAAGUGAAACGAUUCAACAUCGCCCUGUACAAAGUGUGCACAACGAUAUAUGGCUCUACUGCAAUAAGCGAGACCGUGGAUGGUGUUUCUAUGAGCAGCAUACUGCUAACUGCCGAUGAAUUGCAGUUCCCGCUUCCGGAAAACCAUGCGUUAUGGGAGGCCUCGACCCAAGACGCAUGGGACCGGGCUCUGGCAGAUAUGAACGUGGAUGGGUUGGAUGAUUUUCGGGAAGAGGACUGGAUUUCGAGGCACUCGCGGGUGUUGCAUGUUUUGGGCAAUAUAUAGUCUUAGAAUUGACUGGUCUGUGAUUACCCGAUUAGACAGAGCCUCUUGAUAUAACAUCUGACAAUGAUAGGAGGCGCUACAGCCUCACCGGCCAGGGUACAACCAC